UUUCAAAGUAACCUUACUUUUAUCCGUCAAUUUAAAAUUUUUAAAUUUGAAUUAUUUAUUGAAACAGUUGUUAAAAUAGAAAAAUAUCUAAUGAUUAUAACAUUACAAUACGACAAAACUAAUUAAGAAAAGUUUAAUUAGUUUAAAAUCAUCAUCAUUUACAUAACCAUUUUGCGGCCUAACCUGCAAGUCGCAAUGGAUGAGAUUUUUUUAAAAAUUCGUUCAAAUAGAAGUUCCUACGGAAAAUACGUGGUUAGUAAAUUAUUUAUACUAGAAUAUGACCGUCAUUAUCUGCGAAUAAACCAAAUGCAAACACCUUCCCAGCUUAAAGUAAAAUUGCAAGUUAAUGGUAUAUUUUUGCAUUAUUUUAUAAGAGAACUUAAAGUUAGCAACAGGUACAAAAUACAUUUUAUGAAACACUUCAGACAACAUGCACCAAAUUACAUCAACUCAAUCAAAUUUGACUUAAUUCCUCCUCCAAAAGAAAUAAUAGAUUACGAAUGGAAUUACAGAAUGGAAUAUUUGAUACGAGAACGAUGUGAAUUGGAAAAUACAUUUUCGUGGUUAUCAACUUUAGGAGGUGCCUUUUCUGCCUUAGGAGACUACUAUGUAAAUUGUGCCCAAAUAGCAGGGAAAAUUUCAGUUAAUCAAUUCAAAUUAGCUUUAAGAUUAGGGGACGAAAGUAUUGUUUCUAGGUGCUUACUAUUUCUUAGUUUAAGUCUCAUUCAACAGAGAAGGUUUAAGUUAGCAAAGCACAUUGUUUAUCGUGAGUAUCUUAGGGCAAAAUAUGCACCUGUUGUGGAUACUAGACUUAUAAAAAUGUGUAAAGGAAUAUGGUGCAAGCUACAAUACGAACAUAAAAUUCGAAAUAAAGUAAAAAAAAUUGAAAACAUUAAAAUUAAUAUCAAAUGAACAGCGUUUUGCCAAUGAAUCUUAAUUUAAGUAAACCAAGAAGGGCUGUGGUUUAAGAUAUUAAGGAAAAAAUUAAGAGUUGCACUAGAACAAAAUUAGCUCAGUUCCUUAAAAAGUAAUGGGUACAAGUGGUACAUGUAACAGUUCUUUCCUCAAGGCAUUAAAUUAAAAAUACAAAAAUUGUGAUUGCAUAGAAAGUAUGCAGAAAAAGAUUUAAUAGCGAUUCUGAAUUCUCUUUAAAAAUGACCCAGUAAUUUCGAAAUUUACAAGUGCACAUAAUGUCUUAUACAUAAUAUGUAACUGUGUUUUUAAACCAAUUUCUCAUUAAAGUUUUUUAAAUUA